CCCAUGUCUCUGCCACAGACAAUAGAAAGAGUGUUUCCCAUCCGCCUCUCAAUCCUUGAGAGCUCUCCUUUUCUUCGGAACGUUUCCGAUACCGAGGAUGCACUAUCUGGGGUCCAAGUGAUCGAAAAGCCUGUUGACCCUCGUAUCGUCCUCGAGACGGUUGAGCAUACCCAGACAGCACCCGAACCGCCAGCAGACGCUGCAGGAAACGGCCACCUCGAGUCGUAUGAGCCACAAGAUAUCCCCGCGACUCCAGAAGUGAUCAUAACGAACGGCUCAGAUGACCCGGGCGACCAUAGAGAUCGCGUAGAGCCUUCAGACCCACUGGUGACUGACAAGUUUGAAUACGCCGUCUUGAGCGAUGGUUCUCAUGGGGUCGUCCAGGGCACUCGCCGCGCCUUUACGCGCUGCGAGGAUGAGCUUAUCCACAUUCCCGGAGCUGUCCAGUCCUACGGAAUGCUCGUCGCACUGAAGCGCCAGAACGACGGCUUAUACGUGCCUCGUAUCGUCAGCGAAAAUAGUCACUUCAUUUGCAGCUAUCGUGCCGAUGAAAUAUUUGCGUUUCCGAACUUCGACCAUGUCAUGCCGCUGUUUCAACGUCCGCUUUUCAACGCACAACUAAGCAACAUACGUCGUCGCUACGAGGCCAACAUGGACGAGCGCGAACCGGUCGUCUUCGCCUUCUCCUUCUUUGACGCCCAGAGCCGAGUGAUACCGUGCUGGUGUGCAGCCCACUACAUUGGCCCCGACGUGGAUCUUUAUGUGUGCGAGUUCGAGCUCCAGGACUUCUCGAUGCACCCCCAAGCAGAUAUUCUGCGCUCUCAUCAGCUCAACCCUGUUGAUACCCUUGGCAGUGACCACAUGGACAUGGCUACGGUCUCGAGCAUGCAUUCCAGAAGCCAGCCAAUCUUUUAUAGCCCUGAAACUCUUGCCUUGGCGUCUGAUCCCGCUUCGUCGUCACUCGAGAUUGUCGGCGUCGCGACCAAGAUCCAGAAACAGUUCUCGGAAGUCAAAUCCGUCACUACCCUUCUUGACGCCAUUGUGGGAGUUGUCAGCGAGCUCUCGGGAUUCCACCGUGUCAUGGUCUACCAGUUCGACGAGGCUUUCAACGGUACCGUUGUGGCGGAGCUGAUGGACCCAGUGGUUAGCCAGGACGUCUACAGAGGCCUGCACUUCCCUUCAACGGAUAUUCCGCCCCAAGCCCGGAAACUCUACAUGCUCAACAAAGUCCGGGUCCUAUUCGACAGAUCACAGCAGACGGCAAGGCUUAUUGGGAGAGACAGUUCUGACAUUAACGUGCCGCUAGAUCUGACUCACGCUUACCUGCGUGCCAUGUCGCCCGUUCAUCUCAAGUACCUGGCGAACAUGGAGGUGCGCUCCUCCAUGUCCAUGUCCCUGGAAUCUGAGGGCACUCUGUGGGGUCUCAUCGUCUGCCAUUUUUACGGCCCCACGGCCACUCGGGUCCCCUUCUCAAUCCGUGAGCUCUGCUACUUUGUAGGAGUUGCGGCCUCGACAUGCCUCGAGAAGCUCCUCAAUUCCGACAAGCUUCAAGCCCGUCGCAUCAUCAACACCCUUCAGGAACAGAAGAAUCCAAAUGAGUGUAUUACUGCUUCCUCGGAGGAACUGCUGACCUUGUUCGAGGCCGAUUGCGGCUUCCUUGUCAUCGAAGGAGAGGCGAGAACCAUCGGGCGGCUAGCAUCCUACACAGAGGCUGUGACGCUGCUGAAAUACCUUUUUUACCGGCGGCCAAAUAAGAUCCUCUUCUCGAGCAAUAUCAGUGCGGACUUCCACGACCUCCACUAUCCUUCUGGCUUCAAGUCAAUCGCCGGAGUGCUAUAUAUUCCACUAUCCGGGACCACUGAUGACUGCGUCGUAUUCUACCGCCGAAACCAGCUCCGCGAGGUCCACUGGGCAGGUAUGCCAUCCCUCGCAGGAAAGUUUGGAAGGCUCGAACCUCGGAACAGCUUCAAAAAAUGGACCGAGGUGGUCGAUGGGACAAGCAUGGCCUGGACGCCGGAACAAGCUGAUAUUGCGGCGGUGGCUCAACUUGUCUACGGCAACUUUAUCAGAGUGUGGCGAGAAAAAGAAUCGGCCGUCAAGGAGUCACGGCUUAAACGCCUGCUUCUCCACGAUGCCUCUCAUCGAGUGCGGACGCCAUUGAAUGCUGUCAUCAACUAUCUUGAGAUGGCUCUGGAGAAGCCGCUUGAGGAUAGCACCAAGCAAACUCUGCUGACCUCGUACAAGUCUUCAAAGACAUUGAUCUAUGAGAUUGACGACCUCCUCAACUUGACUGGCAGCACUACGGGCUCCACCCCGCAGCUCUGUGAGCCUUUUGAUCUAACUCACUGUUUGGAAGAGGCUCUCGACCCUUUGAAGCGGCUUGCCGGAGACAAGGGGAUCGAGCUGGUCUUGAGCACCUGCUCGGGGGUUUCGCGAUAUCUACGCGGAGAUUCUCAAAACCUUCAGCGUACCGUUUCAAUUCUUGUUGCCAACGCAAUCGAACAUACAACUAACGGAAAAGUCCAUGUUGAGUGGAGCGAAAUACUUAAGAAGCCCAAGAGCUCCGUCACACACAUUUCCGUCACCGACUCUGGUCCCGGCCUGUCGGAACGCGAACUUGAUGACAUGUUUCAAGAGUUCGAGCAGGUCCCGGACGAAGACUUUGAUGAGAUUUCGGGGCAAAUUUUCAGACACAGAGAGGAUGUACUUCGCGUGGGAGUCGGUCUGGCCUUUGUUGCGCGGUUCGUCAAGAAGAGGGACGGCCAGCUGAAAGUAAGCUCAACCAAGGGCCACGGCUCUACCUUUACAAUCGAGGUCCCCUUUGCAUUUGCAUCGCGCGCCCCGUCUCUAGUUUCUCGCCGCGACGCCUCCCCUCUUCCAGCCCUGCCCAUGCCAGACCGGCCGUUGUCGAGGUCCAUGAGACCAAACUCGACGUCCAUAGCCACGCCGGGCGGCUCGUCAGGCGCCAGGGCAUCGCCAGCGACUGUCGCACCAACCCCCGCCAUUUCUCUAAUGGGAAGUGUGCAGACACCAACUACGCAUUGCCUCACCGUCAUUGUGGCAGAUGACAAUAUCAUCAAUGUCCAGAUUCUCAAGCGACGGCUAAGCAAGAUGGGCCAUCGGGCUCUAGUCAGCCGAGACGGCCAGGAAUGUUGGAACACAUUCAUGUCAAACCAAUCUACCAUCGACUUCAUACUGAUGGAUUUGAAUAUGCCGGUUGUCGACGGUUGGGCAUCGACCUGUCUGAUCAGAGAACAUGAGCAGAAUUUCCCUUUACCUUCGCGUGCGGUGCAGUCUUGUGGCCGCACCCCCAUUUUUGCCGUCUCCAGCAUGUUGAAGCGCGGCGAGGAACCGCGAUUUCUGGAUGCGGGGUUCGACGGCUGGAUGCCCAAACCCAUCAACAUGCAAAUGCUAGGUACCUAUCUCGCAGGGGCACUGGAUUGCAACACGCGGAAUCAAGGCGAGUACAGCGAGGCGAUGUUCGAGCUAGGCGGGUGGUUUCCGCAGUGCCCGCAGAGUCAGGCUCAUUCAGAGGUUAUCGCCACCACCACGCCCGACAUAUUUGCAGGAGAUGUCGGGGAUUGGAAUUGGGAGCCUUCCCCGUUCCCCGAAACCCUUUUUCCUGUUCCUCUCGAGGAUUUUACUAUGUCGGUGCCUGCAGCUGGUCUCGAAUUUGUCCCCGACGUUGACCUUGAGCUCGUUCCCGAGAUUAGCCAUGAAAUGGCCCUCGACCCUGAGGCUAACCUCCAUCUCGUCCCAGACCGCUUUCGAGGGGCCGACCAUGAAGUGGCUCGGGAGGUGGGCCGGGAGGUAGCCCCCGGAAUAGCCCCCGAGGUAACUACUGAAGUGCUCACAGAGGCGGUCCCUGAAGUGACCUCUGAAGUGGCCCCCGAAGUUGCCCCUGAUAUUGCCCCUGAUAUUGCCCCUGAACUCCUUGAAAUUGCUUCCGAUUACAUUGUCAAGGUUAGGCCUGAGGGAAUAGCACCAGCUGGGGCUCCAGAAAUGGCGCCCGAUACUGUCUCUUUCGCCCCAUUGAAUGAGACGAAACUCGAGGCGGAGGACGACAGACAGGCAAAGGCUAUGUCCUGGCCUUGACGAUUGGCUUGAGCAUGUCCUGCAGUGGCUGGGGGAGAUGGGUUUGAGUAUAAGCAGCCAACAAAUCCGCGCUGUCUUUGGACAGUUCCGCCGCCUGCCUACCAAC